AUGCUGUUUUUCUCUUUUUUCAAGACCUUGGUGGACCAAGAAGUUACCGUUGAGCUGAAAAAUGACAUAGAACUGAAGGGGACUUUAAAGUCAGUGGACCAGUUUUUGAAUUUGAAGCUGGAUAACAUAUCCUGCUCGGACGAAGCAAAGUACCCGCAUUUAUCAUCGGUAAGGAAUAUCUUCAUCAGAGGCUCUACCGUCAGAUACGUGUAUCUCGAUAAAAACAUGGUGGACACGAACCUGCUGCAGGAUGCUGCAAGAAGAGAAGCGAUAGGCUCGAAGAAAUGA